CCAGGAACAACGCACCCCAUUGUCACCCUCCACGCAAUUGACAGCAGGGAGACCUCCAUUCUGGGGGUUAGGGCAUCCCUCGGCCCCUAGCGAGUCGCACUCCAUCUCUCCGCGCUGAUCUCCAGUCAUUACACUAGAGGUGGAUGACUUGAUUGCGUCAUGGCUAAGGAAUUGACUUGGGAUGGAACUCUCUCUCCGAAUGAAUUCCAAAAAGCUGCAAAGGCCUUUGUGCAGAAGUGGAAGGGCUGCAUAUCUAUGCCAGCAUGGGCAUGGAAACCUUUCACAAGGUUACCUUACACGUUGACACAUGAUGAAGGAGGCUAUCUGUCGCUUGAAAUUGUCUACAAGCAUGUAGCUGAAGAACGGUCUUGUGAUUGCAUUGUUCAGGAAGGUUAUCCUCUAGAAAGCUCUGCAUUGGCUGAAGAAGUUGCAGAUGCUGCCACUCUUGUAAACCUUUUUGCCCUGCUCUCGCUUUUGAUGGCUUUGAAAUGUAAGGUUUUGGACUGUGAUACAGAAACUCAUCUUUACGAUUUUCACAUAAUAUACAGUGCCUCCUACAGGGUUCCUAUUCUUUACUUCCGCGGAUACAACAUUGGGGGACAACCUUUAGAUUGGAGUACGAUCAAGGAAGACCUUCCCCUGUCAUCAGUUAAAAUGCUUGAUGAAUCAAGAUGGACGUUCAUCACUAAAGAGGAGCAUCCAUACUUGAAGCGGCCCUGGUUCACACUGCAUCCAUGCGGGACAGGUGAUUGGAUGAAACUGUUAUUUCUGGACAAAGUUGCAUCAGUGGGGAGGGCAGCGUGCAUCCCAAACUAUGUGCUUUCAUGGCUUAGUAUGGUUGGACAGGCAGUCGGUCUCAAGGUUCCACUUGAUCUGUUAACCGAAGAUGAACAUUUACCUGUUAAUUCUUAGCCAAAAGUGAAACAAGCUUUGCUUAUGUUACCAUUUCUCCUAACAGAUUUUGAAGUGCAAAUCCGCGGGGAAAUCCGCUGGGAGAUGGGCUCCAUUCCCUUUUAUGUCCAAAGAAUGAAAGAAAUUACAAAAAUUAAAAGAGAAUGAAUGGCACGGAAGUUAA